CCAGCGAGGAGUGAAGCUGAGCCUGGCCUCACACGCUCCUGGAGGACCACCUCCUGAGACAGAGUUCUUUUCCCCCUUUCUUCUCUCCAAGCGUCUCUCCUAUCCUCCCUCCCUGCCCAGUACAAUGCAUUCUUGAGUGGCAGCGUCCGGACUCCAGGCAGCCCCUGAGAACCGAAGCAAGCCAAAGAGAGAAGACUGGAACCAAGACACUGGUGGGGGAGCUUGGAUGCCUGGCUUUCUUUGAGGACAUCUUUGGAGCGAGGGUGGCUUUGGGGUGGGGGGUUGUGCUGCAGGGAAUACAGCCAGGCCCCAAGAUGGACACUUCUGGGCACUUCCAUGACUCGGGGGUGGGGGACCUGGACGAAGAUCCCAAGUGCCCCUGCCCGUCCUCUGGGGAUGAGCAGCAGCAGCAGCAGCAGCAGCAGCAGCCACCACCACCGCCAGCACCACCAGCAGCCCCCCAGCAGCCCCCAGGACCCUCGCUGCAGCCUCAGCCUCCGCAGCUUCAGCAGCCGCAGCAGCAGCCACCGCAUCCCCUGUCUCAGCUCGCCCAACUCCAGAGCCAGCCCGUGCACCCCGGCCUGCUGCACUCCUCUCCCACCGCCUUCAGGGCCCCCCCUUCGGCCAACUCCACCGCCAUCCUCCACCCUUCCUCCAGGCAAGGCAGCCAGCUCAAUCUCAAUGACCACUUGCUUGGCCACUCUCCAAGUUCCACAGCUACAAGUGGGCCUGGCGGAGGCAGCCGGCACAGACAGGCCAGCCCCCUGGUGCACCGGCGGGACAGCAACCCCUUCACGGAGAUCGCCAUGAGUUCCUGCAAGUACAGCGGUGGGGUCAUGAAGCCCCUCAGCCGCCUCAGCGCCUCCCGGAGGAACCUCAUCGAGGCCGAGCCCGAGGGUCAGCCCCUCCAGCUCUUCAGCCCCAGCAACCCCCCAGAGAUCGUCAUCUCCUCCCGGGAGGACAACCAUGCCCACCAGACCCUGCUCCAUCACCCCAACGCCACCCACAACCACCAGCAUGCCGGCGCCACCGCCAGCAGCACCACCUUCCCCAAAGCCAACAAGCGGAAAAACCAAAACAUUGGCUAUAAGCUGGGACACAGGAGGGCCCUGUUUGAAAAGAGAAAGCGACUGAGUGACUAUGCUCUGAUUUUUGGGAUGUUUGGAAUUGUUGUUAUGGUGAUAGAGACCGAGCUCUCUUGGGGUUUGUACUCAAAGGACUCCAUGUUUUCGUUGGCCCUGAAAUGCCUUAUCAGUCUGUCCACCAUCAUCCUUCUGGGCUUGAUCAUCGCCUAUCACACACGUGAAGUCCAGCUCUUCGUGAUCGACAACGGCGCGGACGACUGGCGGAUAGCCAUGACCUACGAACGCAUCCUCUACAUCAGCCUGGAGAUGCUGGUGUGCGCCAUCCACCCCAUCCCCGGCGAGUACAAGUUCUUCUGGACGGCGCGCCUGGCCUUCUCCUACACGCCCUCCCGGGCGGAGGCCGACGUGGACAUCAUCCUGUCCAUCCCCAUGUUCCUGCGCCUGUACCUGAUUGCCCGCGUCAUGCUGCUGCACAGCAAGCUCUUCACCGAUGCCUCGUCCCGCAGCAUCGGGGCCCUCAACAAGAUCAACUUCAACACUCGCUUCGUCAUGAAGACGCUCAUGACCAUCUGCCCCGGCACCGUGCUGCUCGUGUUCAGCAUCUCGCUGUGGAUCAUCGCAGCAUGGACCGUCCGCGUCUGUGAAAGGUACCAUGACCAGCAGGACGUAACUAGUAACUUUCUGGGUGCAAUGUGGCUCAUCUCCAUCACAUUCCUUUCCAUUGGUUAUGGGGACAUGGUGCCCCACACAUACUGUGGGAAAGGUGUCUGUCUCCUCACUGGCAUCAUGGGUGCGGGCUGCACUGCCCUUGUGGUGGCCGUGGUGGCCCGAAAGCUGGAACUCACCAAAGCGGAGAAGCAUGUCCAUAACUUCAUGAUGGACACUCAGCUCACCAAACGGAUCAAGAAUGCUGCAGCCAAUGUCCUUCGGGAAACGUGGCUAAUCUAUAAACACACAAAGCUGCUAAAGAAGAUUGACCACGCCAAAGUCAGGAAACACCAGAGGAAAUUCCUCCAAGCUAUCCAUCAGCUGAGGAGUGUCAAGAUGGAGCAGAGGAAGCUGAGCGACCAAGCCAACACCCUGGUGGACCUUUCCAAGAUGCAGAAUAUCAUGUAUGACUUAAUCACUGAGCUCAAUGACCGGAGCGAAGACCUGGAGAAGCAGAUCAGCAGCCUGGAGUCCAAGCUGGAGCAUCUCACUGCCAGCUUCAACUCCCUCCCUCUGCUCAUCGCCGACACCCUGCGCCAGCAGCAGCAGCAGCUCCUGUCUGCCAUCCUCGAGGCCCGGGGCGUCAGCGUGGCCGUGGGCACCACCCACACCCCGAUCUCGGAUAGCCCGAUUGGGGUCAGCUCCACCUCCUUCCCGACCCCAUACACAAGUUCAAGCAGUUGCUAAAUAAAACUCCCCACUUCAGAAGCGUUACCCAUAGGUCUUAAGAUGCAAAUCAACUCUCUCCUGGUCGCUUUGCCAUCAAGGAACAUUCAGACCGGGAAACGGAAAGAAAAGAGACCGAGCUAAUUAACUAACUCAUGUUCAUUCAGCGUGCUUGGUUUGAUAUGCCUUGAAACCAGAAAUCUAAUCUCUGUUUAGGUGCCUCUACUUGGGAGCGGGAAGAGGAGAUGACAGGAAGCGACGCCUCUGGCAGGGCCCUUGCUGCAGAGUUGUUGGAGAACAGACAUCCACGCUCAAUCUCAGGUCUUCACGUGGGGGGUGGGGGGCAGAUGCACUGAAGUGGCCAACAGUUAAGCCGCCCGGAAGAGGGGCCCUCUGGGAGACGGGGUCAUGUCGGGCUUGGGAGAUGGGUUCUUCGCCACGGGGGACCUCAAGCACACCUCUCUCCUUUCCUUUUGUCUAAGGAAGCCUCUGGGCAACAAAAGGAAAAGAGAGCUGCCUGCAACUUGCCAAAACUGACAUACUCAAUUCAGACUG